AUGUCAAGCGAGGAAGCUAAAGAUGAAUUUAUUCGGGUAGCUUCCCAGGUGGAAACUUACGGUAUGGAACCGUUUCAGGUGAUGGAUCAGUUAGGUUCCGGCUUGUGCAUCGGUUUCAACUACAUAGGUAUCUCCGCAUUCAAAAACGGUCAGCGCACCAAUGUUUUCCCCUGUGAGGCUGUGCAGAAAAUGAUUUAUCCCGAUGAUGAAUGGGAUGAUAGAAACGAAGAUUAUAAUCAAAAUAGAAUUCCCAGAUCCAUGCAAAUCCAAAAAAUCGAUGCCGAAUCCCAGUCCAAUUCAUCUCAGUCUUCCAACGAAGAAAUCAAAUCAGGUCCCUCCGUAAAACGACCCCCGAUAGAGAUCACACAAGCUCCCCAUCCACAUUUUCUUCCCGUACCUCGGCACAGCCUGGCAGUUCCCGGACGCGUACCACUGCUUAUGUCUCACAAUUCGCUAGUGGUACCCAGAGAUAGCUUUGGUGGUAGUAUGGAUUUACGCUCGAAAGCAAAUGAUACCGAACCCCAAGUGCUUGAGUCGCUAGAUAACAAGGCUGAACCGUUGUAUUUAAUCACUCGUUCAUCUAUUAAUUUGAUCGAGUGA